AUGAAUGCAAUAGAUACAAAAACUGUUGAAGAAAGAAAGUCAAAGUUAAAAGGAUGCUGCUUUAGAUGUUUAAGAGAAGGGCACACGUCUUCUGACUGUAGAAGUAGUAGAAUAUGUGUAUACUGUGACAAAUCAAAUGUACAUCAUCGAAGUCUUUGCCCGAAAAGGUUUAAAGGAGCUGAACAAUUAAGUAAAGGUAUUAUAGAAGAAGUGAAUGAUACCAAAGGUGAUUUGAUACAUUAUAUACCACAUCAUGCAGUGAUAAAUCCACAAAAAUCAACAAAGGUACGAGUAGUAUAUGAUGCUUCAUCAAAAUGUAAACCAGAAUAUAGCAGUUUAAACGAAUGUUUACAUCGAGGACCGGUGAUGCUUCAUGAUUUAUGUGGACUUUUGAUGAGAUUCCGCCUACACAAAAUAGCUAUUAUAGCAGACAUCGAAAAGGCAUUUUUACAAAUAGAGGAGCAAUUAAAAUUGGAGAUUGAAGGAUCAUAUAUUUGGACGGAUUCACAAUGUGUGAUAGGAUGGUUACAAACAACUAAAAAGUUACCUGUGUUUGUGAGUAAUCGAAUCAGAGAAAUAAAAUCAUAUGUUACAACAAAGAUAAGUUACGUAAAAUCAAAAGAAAAUCCAGCAGAUGUUGCAACAAGAGGAGCAACAAUACAUGACUUACGCAAUAACAAAUUUUGGUGGAAUGGUCCUCAUUGGCUUACAGAAUAUUUCGAAUUGUCCUCCGAAACAGCGAAGAAUUUAAUUGAAGAUUCAAGUACAGUUACUGAGAGCACAAAUGUCGUGGAAAGAAACUCCGAAAACUUUGAAACUGAAUUUCUUGAUGAAGAAAAUCUGUCGAUUGCAUGUACAAUUAAUGAUCAUGACAAUAUUUGUGCUCCAUUUGGGAUGGACAGUACCAAGUUUUCUUCUGUUGACAAAUUGAUUCGUACUACUGCUCUUGCCUCACGAUUCAUUAAGAAAAUUAAAAAGCAAAAGUGUGAAAACCAGUCGUUAACAUCUCAGGAAUUGGAAACAUCGGAAAAUAUGUGGAUCCUAUACCUACAACGAAAAAAUUUCAGUGAAACUAUCUGCGGUAUAUAUAAUCAGAAAACAACUACCCUACAAAGACAGUUAGGUCUGUUUAUUGAUCCUAAAAGAAUCUUGAGGAGCAAGGGAAGACUUGAAAAUGCAGGAAUAACUGAAGGAGCGAAACAACCGAUCUUGCUUCCGCGUAAUGAGUGGUUUACCUAUCUGAUAAUAGAAAAGGUACACAAACAAAAUUGUCAUUGA